AUGAGUGGACAAGGCAGUCCAACUGCCAACUCGCUGGGUAACCCACUGUUGGCUGCGGCUAAAGUGGGCGCCUUGAGUGGCGUCGCGGGAUUGAUUUAUGGAGGAGCCGCGGGUGUCAUUCGAUCACCAAACCCCAUGGUGCACUCGCUGUCCUGCGGUAUCCAUUGGUUUGCUUGCGGUUCAACCUAUUGGUGGAUGCGAAGCAAUAUCAUCACACUCCACUAUCAAGAUAAUGCGUCCCCGCAGGAGCGAGCAUAUGUCAGUGCCCUCUGCGGUGGUAUCUCCGGCGGCGUGGUGACCAGGGUCAUGGGAGGUCGACUGGUGCCUGGCCUCGUUAUUUUCUCCCUGCUCGGCUAUGGUGGGCAAAGUGCCUUCAACUACUUGGAUAAGUGGCAAAUGGAGAAGGCCCAGAACCCAUCCAAGCCAUUAUUACAGCAAAUGGCCGAGUCCAAAUGGAUUCCACUUCGACAUCUGUCCGAUGAGGAAUACCGUGGAAUGCUGAGUGAGAAGCUACUGAGUAUCGAGGCCGAGAUUGCGCUCCUCGACGAAAAGAUUGAGGAUCUAGAGAAGACACGACCAGCAUCUGUCUCUAACAACACCAACAGCAGCAAGUGA